AUGACGGACACAGACCCGCCUGAUAGGCAACACCACAACCCAGACGAGGGACUCGUCAGAGCUUACAGCCAAGCUGGCACGCGUGAGAAAGAUGCGCGUUGCCCUCGGUGCUUGGAAACCGAGCCAAUGGAGCACCGCAGAUGGGGCGCCGUUGCAUGUGGUGAACGUUGCGUGCUAUGCCGCAAAUCCGGUCACAAAGGCAAAGUUUGCCCUUUGAUGACAACCGAAUACAACCAUGUAUUCGGAAAGACGUGGCUUGAUGAGCAUUGGCCUAAUCACGACACGCCCAUGACUGAUGAAGAGAUCAGUGCAUUCAGACAACACCUUGGUGAGGUCAAGGCCACAGCCAAUCGCAAAGCGCAGAUUGAGGCCAACGAGAAGGCACGGACUGAACGAGACCGUGGCAGCUUCCAGCCCGACCAAAACUUCCGUGGUCGAGGUGACUACCGCGGCCGAGGUGACCACCGCGGCCGAGGUGACCGGGGUCGAAGUGACCGCGGUCGGGGUGACUACCGUGGUCGAAGUGACAACCGUGGUCGAGGUGGCAGCCAAGUGCGAAGCACCUCUCAAGGGUCUUGGUCUGGUUACCAAGAUCCUCGGGACACCACAGAUGGUGGCCCACCUGGGAAAAGGCGACGUCGCGAAGGUAGCGACGAUCGUGGCCUUGCAAAGGUGGACGACAUCAACCCAGAUGUCGAUCCAGUCGCAUACCUCCGCCAGAGGCAUGCCAAAGCAAAGGCUGCAUCAGAAGAUACAGUCAUGGGCAACGACCCCAACGAGAGUCUACAAGGUACCGUAGACCGGUUGCAAGAACAGCUCCGACUGGGUGAUCUGCGAUUCACGCGGUUGCAAGAACGCUGCGAGAAGUCUCGUACAGCCUUUAAUGAGCUCCAAGAAGACUAUGACACAGCCAGUCUUCGACUUGAAACUCUCAGUGAGCAGUUUCAAAAGACGUGGGAUGACAACGAGUCCCUCAAGAAGCAGCUUGAAUCUGCCAAUGCAACAACUGCUAGGGUUCAGGAGCAAACCAAGGCCCAAGUGUCGGUCUUGGAACAUCAGAGGAAUGCCGCCGUGUUCACUGCUGGGAACAAUUCAGUUCUUCUGGGGUCGCGCGAACAGGAGCUCGCGAGCCUCCGAGCCGAGUUCGAGCAACUUCGCGCUCGUACAGAAAUCGCGGAAUCACGAAACCGUGAUUCUGCUGAUAUCAAUCCUGAAGACAUCAAGAUUGACCCGACCGAGAAUGUGCAGCUGCUACAUCGAGGUAGGUCGACAUCCCAUGACGAUGUCGGCUAUAAAGAUGAGGAUGAUGUCCUCAUCAAGCGAGAAGACUAGGCGGAUCUGUCGUCUCGCUGGUGGGAAGGAGAGCUGAGUCAGAUUUUGUUCAACUUGUAGUUAAAUGAAAACUGUUUGCCUGAAUCAUUAUCCGCUUGUGUGA